CCUCUUUUGAAAACGCGGCCUCCUAUUUCUACUGGGCAAACCACGCUGCUCUCUGGCUUUCUCUGAUUUCUGAAUAAAUUAAUAUUCUCCCUGAACGUUUUUCAAAAAAUCGUUCUUAUCAAGCGGGGAAGAUUUUAGUAAAUGGCCGCCGUGAUUGGCAAUGCUUCUGGAGACGCUCAGGGUUCAGCACCAGGAUACGCUGACGCAUUACAAAGAGCGCGAGAGAUUGCAGCAAAGAUUCAACCAGAGAACCCAGGUCCUAUGGGAGAUUAUUCAAACAAGCGUCCACUAGAAGAUGCUGGUGAGCCCUCCGAUGAACCAGGUGCCAAGAAAUUAGUUAUGCAGAAUGAUAUUAAUGCCCAGCUAGGAGCGAUGCAUCAGCAACUCAAUCAACAAGGAAGGCCAACAAUGACAGAAAACUUCAAUUUGCCAGACAAACUGGUUGGAUUAAUUAUAGGUAAAGGUGGCGACAAUAUCACAAGACUUCAGUUAGAAACGGGAUGCAGAAUACAGAUCGCACAAGAUUGCCAGCCGGGGAUGGAGGACAGACCUUGCACACUUACCGGCACUCCUGAACAAAUACAGCAAUGUCGCCAGCACCUUCAAGAUGUCGUUAACAAAGCAAGUAUGGGAGGACCAAACAAUGUUGCAGGAAUUGAAGAAAUGAGUGGAGGAGGUGCCCAGACAGUUGUUCAACUUAUGAUUCCUCCAGAUAAAUGUGGAUUGAUUAUUGGAAAAGGUGGAGAGACUAUCAAAUCGCUUCAACAAAACAUCGGUGUAAAAAUGAUGUUGAUUCAAGACACCACACAGAACACGGGGAUGGACAAACCUUUGAGAAUAUCUGGAGAUCCAUUGAAAGUACAGAAUGCGAAACAAGCUGUCGAACAAAUGAUGGCACAACACGAUGCACAGAAAGCUCAACAAAGAGCCCAAGGAGGUGGCGGCGGCGGAGGAAGAAAUAAUGAUCAGUUCGGAGGCAUGGGAGCACCUCACAGAAUCUCGAUCCCGGUACCAAAACCGGCAGUCGGUGUUGUGAUAGGAAAAGGCGGAGACAUGAUAACUAGAAUCCAGUCUGAGACUCAAACCAGAGUGCAGUUCAAGCAGGAAGAUGACGAUCCAUCUGUAGGACACAGGAUGUGCACUAUCAGCGGAACACACGAGGGCGUACAAGAAGCAAUUCAUAAAAUCAAUGAACUUAUUCAGAGUGUACAUGAACACGACAAUGGAAUGGGUGGCGGUGGACAAGGUCGUAGGGGACCACCGGGUGGCCCAGGGGGUCGAGGAGGCGGAGCAGGAUUUGGACAAUGGGAAGGACCGGGUGGAAUGGGUCCUGGUGGCAGAGGUGGACCGGGGAUCAACACUGUCGAAUUUAAUGUCCCUGCCAAUAAAACUGGUCUUGUCAUCGGAAAAGGUGGUGACAACAUUAGAACGAUCAACUCCCAGUCGCAAGCUCAUGUUGAAAUCCAAAGAAAUCCUCCGCCAGGAAGCGAUCCAAAUUUCAAGACCUUUAUCAUAAAAGGAACACCUGAACAGAUCAAUCAUGCCCAACAGCUGAUCACAGAAAAAGUUGAGGGUGGCCCAGGCGGCCCUGGGGGACCAAUGCAACACAUGGGACCCCCUGGAGGUCCGGGUGGUCCACAUGGACCCCCGGGACAUGGGGGACCAGGAGGCCCACCUGGUGGAUUUGGAGGACCCCCAAUGCAGGGUAACUUCGGAGGGCCACCACCAGGCCCACAGUUUGGAGGGCCACCUCACCAAGGACCCCCACAACAGCAGAACCAACCACCCCAGCAGUUCCCCGGACAGCAACCAUGGGCAGGUGGCGCCCCGAAUCAGUUCGGACAAUGGCCUGGACAACCUGGACCUCAGCAAAAUGGCGCUGCACCUCAAGAUCCUACCAAACCUCCAGAUGCUAACGCUGCAGCCUGGACGAACUAUUACAACUAUCUACAUCAGGCACAAGGACAACAACCAACUGCUGCUACUCCUACUGCUGUAGCCUAUCAACCAGCUGCGGCAGCAGCACCGACCGCUGCAGCAGCCAUUCAAGGACAAGCUGCUCAGCCUGAUUACACGAAAGCAUGGGAGGAAUACUAUAAGAAACAAGCCGAGGCUCAGGCAGCAGCCGCAGCAGCAGGAAAUCCAGCAGUCGUAGCUGCGCCAGCUGCAGCACCGGCAGCAACCACGGCUGCAGGAGGAGCGGAUUACAGCGCAGCAUGGGCUGAAUAUUACAGGCAAUGCCAGCAAUACUAUCAACAACAACAGGUCCAAUACCCGGCAGGCACACCGGCACCUACUGCCCCCGGGCAGUAAGUUGAACCACGGCAGCACAGAAAUUGUAAAUAGCAGCAGGACCCAACUGGCAGAGGCCUCGUUCUUGUGCCUCUCCGUGCCAAUCUUCUAGACUUAGAACGACCUCUUGUGGCAGCGGAAAAAGCGAAAUCGAAACGUACCAGAAGUUAUUGUUGAAGGGGGUAAACUUUAAAUGCAAAACUGUAAAAGAACUAUCUAAUAGUCUUAGAUUGCUUUUGAGUUGCCUGGGGCUGAUAUUCUUCUAAUAGAACUUGAAAAAGUCUUUUGGGGGGGUGACACUGCCCUGUCGGUAGUUCAAAAAACGCCCUUUUGAGGGCCAAUGAGGGUAUGGUAAGUAUGUUGAAGGAAACUGUGGCCACCUGUCUUGAGUAUUAAGUCCAGUAGUUGAGUGCAAUCCAUAUAUAAAUGAGGUGUAAUCUAAUAUUUGUGGUGAGUGCAAUUAUUGCAUCACGAUAUUGUCUAUAAAUGUAUUAAACAUCUGAUAAACGUGCCUUGCCAAUAAUAACAUUCGUUUGUAUGUAAAUAGAAUUCUGUGCUGCCUUGUAUAAAAGCUGUAAAUAGUGUUUUUUAUUUUAACAUGGGGUAUAGGUAGCAGCUUGCUAGACGUAGGGUUUCUCAAAACAAAUUUUUGUUCGGAAAUUUAUUUAUUUGUUCAUCCAGUACGGUUCAAUACUCGUUUACAUUGCAUUGAAAUUUUUGUGACCACAAUAAUGAUUUGUCAAUAAGAAAUGUGGCGGUAUAGUUUUCAAAUAUAAAAACGUAUCUAAAUUCAAUUACAAACUGACUCUGAAAGUAAAAAUUUUCAUCUGUUAUGAAAUUUUAUACAUGAAAAUAAAAAAAUGACUGGUGGUUUUAAUAGCGUAAAAUUUGUACUCCAAGCUGAAAAUUUUUGUUGUAAUUAAUAGCAAUUUUGAAGUAAUUUGUUCAGCAAAAAGUUUAUUUGCACCUCAUUAUAUCUAGUGAGCUGCUUCUCUGCCCCAUUUUUGUGUAAAUAAUGUUGAAACGAUACUUGUAGCAGGCUGCGAUUAAAAGAGCGUAAAUUUUUAAAAAUAAUAACUUCAAACUCUAAAAUAUGCACCAUUCAAUCAUACGUGAAUGACUUCUAGUAAAUCAGUGAUGUUUCUUUCCACUGUUGUUUUCAAAGUGAGUAAUUAUUAUGUAACAUCAAUCGUUUAUAGUAUUUCGCGCAAGUUUUUUUAAAUGCUGUUUCCUCGCUAUGUCUUUUUUAUACAAAAAAAUAUCAUGAUAUAAGUUGUUUUAGUGCUUACGUUUAUAGCGUUAUAUUGAAAAUGGAAAUCACUGUUAUGCAUAAUAAUAACAAUAGUGUAGCGUAUAUUUAUUUAUACAUGUUUCGCCAAGUGUACUGUUAGAUUUUGAUAAACUGGUCUGUUUUUAUGGAAUGUCGAAAGCUUUAUAACAGCGCCCUUGAGUAGUAUCAAGAUAUCAUAUUGCAUAAUGAGAGACAAAAUUUUUGGAAUUAACAGUUAAAAAUUAUUGCAUUGUUAACCGGAACAGAAAUAUGAAAGGGUAAGGCUGUAGCGGGCUGAUGGCCACAAACAGUUUUUAUAUUUCUAGGUCAUAUGAGGUCAACCUGAUAAAAAUAUCGCAUGUAACGUCAAAACAUAUUAAAACCCAUUGCCUCACACCUAGAGUGUAAAAGUAUUUUUGGUUUAUUUUAGACAAACAAGUAAUAAACUUUUUAUUCCCUGAUAUUAUUUUAGUUUUCUGGUUUUCGCCUUGUAAGUUGACUACUCUUUAUUAACAAUGGAGUACAGCACUGACCGCACCGCCAUUGUUAAAAUUAGAACUUUUUUGCUACAAUAUAACCAACCUCUUGGACCUGCUCUGCUCUAUGAGCCAGUAUGCUCGUUCGAUAAUUCCAAAUUGAUAUAUAUAGUGUUUUAUUUAACAUUGUAAUGCUGCAAAGUUUUUUAAGCUCAAGAAAAUCAAAUCAUUGAAUAAUUAUUAUCGAGAACUUCAUGCAACUUUGUUAUUUGCCCUGAGUUUUUGAUCUUACUCAUUGCAAAGUUCAUGUUGGUUGCCCUUUUGCAACGAAAAUAUAUAUUUGCUUAGGCUUAUCAGUAGGUGCUUUAAUUAAAUCAUGAUGAGUAAACUUGUUGCAUAUAAAAUACAUAGAAUUUAAAGCAUUGCUAUAAGUCUGCUUUUCUCGGUCCAAGAGGCAGAAAACCUAAUUACAGAGAUUAAAUGUGAUUGUUUUUCUUUUUACCUAUGUAACAUACAGGAUUGAUGUCUAUGCCAAAUGCAUUUAUACUGAUGAUUUCAAUUCACCGUGAUUUCAAUUCAUCGUUUCGUGAUUUCAUGUCUUUAUGAUGCCAGUAUUUCGCCAGCGUUUCUCGUGAAGAUUUCUACAUUUUUCCUCUUGAAUUUUUUGCCAGUUCAUGUAAAGAUACACUGAAUAAAUUGUUUUCUGUCGAAUGUCUAACGUUUUUCUUUAGGUCUUCUAUCAAUGAUCAUUCACAGCCGGCGUUGUUUUAAACACCCUUAUAUGUCUAAUUUCAUUUCAGUUGUUUUAGUAUUUUUGCGAUAAAUUUACCAUGAAUGCGUUUUUAUAACUAUUUUCCUUGCCUGUUAUCUAAAUACUAUUUGAAGUUUUCGCACAUUUGAGAUAGUUUCUGCUUUAAAUUGUCCUUUAAUAAAAUGUUCUGCCGUUUUGUUUUAAAAUAAUAAUGUCUUCGCGUUAUAUAAUAAUGUUUUUCACCGCUUCGUUUUGACAUAUUAGCCACUGUGAAGCGUAAUUUUCAAGAAAGUGUUUUGUAACUUCAAAUUCAGUUUAUAAUCGCGCAUUUUUUCUUUCAGGAACAUUUUUCUGUGCAUUAAAAUGUGUUUGUUUUUGCGAAAAAGUUUUUUUUCAACAUCAUCUCGCCAGUUUAUUACAUCCUUUAGUCGCCCUCCCUUCAACUCAUGAUUGUUAAAUAAUAUCUUGGUGCCUCAUACUGUAUAUUUUGAAUGCUGAAUCGUGGGAGCCGCUACAUGUAAAUAGACGUUUUAUUAUUAAUCUUGUAUAUCCGCUUGUAUAUAUAUAUUUGUGUGUGAAAAAAGUUAGUGAUUUUCCGGUUUUUCUCGCUUAGUGAUUUCUGAAAUUAAUGAUGAAUUUAUUAAACGCAAAUUUCGUUAUUUAAACUGCCUGAAUGCUAUUUGAUGCGUCUUUAAAUGUACUUUUUCUGCGAUUUGUUUAAAUGUCAGUCCACUUGAUAAUGAAUUUUUCAUUGUGUAGUUGUGAUAAGGUACCACAAGUAAUUUUACAAUUUCUUCUAUGGUAAGUGCUAAAUUUCUUGCGAAUUUUAUCUGUAAUAACAAAGUUGCAUAAAAAUGCUACAAGAACAUGGAAA